CUGUCGUGGGUGUCUCACUGUAUGCGUGUGUAUAUCUGGCAUCGCAGCGAAGAAAAUAAAUAAUAAUAAACAAUUGCCACAAAAAUUGUUGUUCCUGGGAAUCACGUUUCAAAGUCUCGAGUUCCGUACCCACCGAAGCAACCAUGACCGCCUACUACAGCCAUUACGCGGCGGACAACUACGACGACGAGUCGAUAGGCGACGAGCGCAGCGAAGAAGACACGGACGACGCCAGCGAGACGGAGUUCCGCAGCCCCAGCCGCUACGGCGGCACGAAUGGCACCUCCAACAGCAAUAGCAUGGGCACCAACAGCGAACUGAAGGAGCAAAUGUACCAGCACAAGCUGCUCAACCUGCAGAAGCAGAUGGAGGAACUGGGCCAACUGGUGCACCCGGAGUACAUAAAGCGCGUGAAGAAGCUGGACAACCAGCUGAAAGAACGCCGACGGCUGAACGAGAUCUACAAGGAGUACAUGCGCGAGUGCGUCGAACGGGACUAUGUGCUGGAGAAGAUGGCCGCCCAGAAAGAGUACGACGAAAAGAUGAUGGACCUUAAAGACAACCUGAUCUCAGAUUUCGAGGACCGCAAGCGUCAGAUCGAGAACGAGCGUUACAGCCUCGAGCUCACUAACGAUUCCAUGGAGAUCAAGACGACGGUCACGCGCAAGCUGCGUCGUCGGCCUAAUGAACCGCUUCCGGUGAUCGAGAAGCGCCGCAAGCCGGCCACCGGACAGCUGCUCGUCUAUCAGCUGGAUGACAAGGAGAUCGAGUCGGACCUGAAGAUCAUCCAGCGGGGAAGACCUAAUCCAGUUCUCCAGCAGAACGGUAGUGGCUCCUACGGCAGUGGCUCCCAGCAGCAGCAAUCGAUGCACGUCCUGGCCGAACCGACCUCCAACAGCGGCCUGGUGGAGACCCGCAUCGAGGACAACAAGCUGCUGUACGAGCGGAGGUGGUUCUGCCGCGGCCAGCAGGUCUAUGUGGAGGGCAAGGAGAUGAGCAAGUUUGCGGCCACCAUUACGGCCAUUGGCAACGAGGUGGUUUGGGUGAAGCGCACCAACGAGACCAAGGUCAAGAUCAACAUGUCCCAUCUGGCCAAGGGCAAGAUCUCAAUAAAGCGCCGAUAGCUCCGACGCCGGGCCGGGCGCCUUCACAUCGCGCCCGCCCCGUUUCCUCGGCCAAGAGACGUAUUUUCAUAAAAUUAUUGGUACAGACUUAGCACUAGAUUAGGUGUACAUUUUUCUUAACGAGUAUUGCACAUUGUAAAUAAUGAAACAACAAUUAUUUUGUAUA